UUUCCCAGGAAGCGGCUCCAGCCCUGCCCCGAGAUCGAUCGAUCGGUCUCGUUAAUGAUCCCCCGGGUUAAUGAUCCCCCGUUUACAGCCCUGACCGGGGCUGAUUGGCCUUGUGGCUGUCAGACCAGCAGGGCCCUGCCACGGCAGUGCCUGCCCCGGGGGUGCCACCCAUAUAAAACAUGCUGGGCGGUGUCGGGGACACCCCUCUGCCACCAUGGCAGGGUCCCUGGCGCUGCCCGGCGCCCUCCUGGCAGCACUGCUGGCACUGGCCUCCCCAUCCCUCACCCCGAUCCACCGCGCCGGGUACUGCUCCUUCUACGGCGAGUGCGGGCGCAACCCCGAGGUGGACACGUCGCUGGUGUCCUCCAACGUGCCCUGCCUGAACAACACUCCUGCCCAGGAGGCCACGGGCGCUCUGCUGGCCCUGCUGCGCUCCGUGUGCCCGGACCUGGCGCGGGGGGACAACGAGACCACCCUGGUGUGCUGCAACUACGAGCAGCUCAGCGCGCUCCGGCUCAGCGUCGCGCUCUCGGGCACCGUCCUGGCGCGGUGCCCGUCCUGCGCCCGCAACUUCGCCAGCCUGUACUGCCACAACACCUGCAGCCCCGACCAGAGCCUGUUCACCAACGUGACGCGGGUGGUGAACAGCACGGAGGCGCCCGGCUUGGCGGUGGUGGAGUAUCAGAGCUUCUUCCGGCAGCGCUUCGCCGAUGCCGCCUUCUCCUCGUGCCGCGGGGUGCGGCUCCCGUCCACCGGCGGCUUCGCCAUCGCCACCAUGUGCGGGCGCUACGGUGCCCAGCUCUGCACCCCCCAGCGCUGGCUGGACUUCCAGGGCGACAAGAACAACGGGCUGGCGCCGCUGCAGAUCAACUUCCAGCUGGUGCCCAACGGCACCGAGCCGGGCGAUGACAUCGAGCCGCUGGACGCGCGGGUCUGGAGCUGCAGCGAGGCGCCGAGUGAGGAUGAAGAGCCCUGCUCGUGCCAGGACUGCGCCGAGUCCUGCCCGCCCGUGGUGGCCCCCGCAGACCCGCCGCCCCCGUUCCGGCUGGGCGAGGCCGACGGUGUCCUGGUGCUCUGUGUCCUGCUCUUCGCCUUCCUCGCCAUGGUCUUCCUCGUGACCCUGCUGUGCCAGCGGCGCUCCAAGGGGCUCACGAUGCCGCAGGCAGUGCCCGCUGCCCGCGGGUGCUCGGCGUGGGUGGGCAAUGCCAGUCACCAGGCCCUGGCACGGGUGUUCCGCUGGUGGGGGACACUGGUGGCCUCAAGGCCCCUGGUGGUGCUGGUGGUGGCCGUGGUGGUGGCCGGGGGGCUCUCGGUCGGGAUGAUGACCCUCCGGCUGACCACGGACCCGGUGGAGCUCUGGUCGGCGCCGGGCAGCCGUGCCAGGCAGGAGAAGGCCUUCCAUGACCAGCACUUCGGGCCCUUCCUGCGCACCAACCAGAUCAUUGUGACGGCGCCGGGCAGGGCUGGGUCUCGCUACGACUCUGUGAUCUUGGGGGCCAAGAACUUCAGCGGGGUCCUGUCCCAGGACGUGCUGCAGGCGCUGCUGGAGCUGCAGGAGCGGCUGGCGGCCAUCGAAGCCUGGGCACCGCAGGCGGGCAGGAACGUGACGCUCAGGGACGUGUGUUAUGCCCCCCUGAACCCCACAGAGCCCACCCUGGGCGACUGCUGUGUCAACAGCGUCACCCAGUACUUCCAGAACAACCGCUCCCACCUGGCACUCACCGCCCUGCAGGAGGACAGCAAAGAGACGGGCACCGUGGACUGGCACGACCACCUCAUCUACUGUGUCAACUCCCCGCUCUCCUUCAAGGACAUCACAGCGCUGGAGCUGAGCUGUAUGGCCGAGUACGGCGGGCCCGUGUUCCCAUACAUCGCCUUCGGGGGAUACCGGGACUCAGAGUACACGGAGGCCGAGGCUCUGAUCAUCACGUACUCCCUGAACAACUUCCCCCACGGGGACCCCCGGCUCGAGUGGGUUCUGAGCUGGGAGAGCAAGUUCCUCGAGGUGGUUCGGGAUUUCCAGCGCUCGCACGGCCUCAACCUGUCGGUCACGUUCAUGGCCGAGCGGUCCCUGGAGGACGAGAUCAACCGCACGAGCGGGGAGGACCUGCCGGUGUUCACGCUCAGUUACCUGCUGGUGUUCGCCUACAUCGCGCUGGCCCUGGGCGAGUACACGGCCUGGAGCCGGGUGCUGGUGGAGUCGAAGGUGACGCUGGCAGUGGGGGGCAUCGCCGUGGUCCUGGGGGCCGUGUUUGCCUCCAUGGGGUUCCUGGCGCUGCUGGGGGUGCCCUCGUCCCUCAUCAUCCUCGAGGUCGUGCCCUUCCUCGUGCUCGCUGUGGGCGCUGACAACAUCUUCAUCUUCGUGCAGGAGUUCCAGCAGUCGCAGCGGGAGCCGGGCGAGACACGGGAGCAGCACCUGGGGCGGGUGCUGGCGCAGGUGGCACCCAGCAUGUUGCUGUGCAGCAUCUCCGAGGCCAUCUGCUUCUUCCUGGGUGCCCUCUCGUCCAUGCCCGCCGUGCGAACCUUCGCCCUCACGGCCGCCGUCGCCAUCGCCUUCGACUUCCUGCUGCAGAUGUCGGGGUUCGUGGCACUGGUGGCACUGGACGCCCGGCGGCAGGAGGCCGGGCGGUUUGACCUGUGCUGCUGCUGUGGGACGGGCAGGGGGGGCCCGGCCCGGGAGGGGGCCCGGCUGCUGCGGCCCCUCCUCGAGAAAUUCUACACCCCCUUCCUGCUGCACCCCAUCGUUCGGCCCUGCGUGGUGCUGCUGUUCCUGUUCCUGGCCUGUGCCGGGCUGUUCCUGAUGUUCCAGGUGCCCGUGGGGCUGGACCAGGAGCUCGCCCUGCCCGAGGACUCGUACAUGCUGCAGUACUUCUCGGCGCUGAACCAGUACCUGGCCGUGGGGGUGCCCACCUACUUCGUCACCACGGGCGGGUACGACUUCUCCUCUGCCAACGGCACCAACGCCAUCUGCUCCAGCGCCGGCUGCGACUCCGACUCGCUCACCCAGACCAUCCAACACGCCACCAGCUUCCCCAACGUGUCCUACCUGGCCAUCCCGGCCACCUCCUGGGUGGACGAUUUCCUGGACUGGCUGAACCCCACGAGCCGCUGCUGCCGCAUCCACCAGUUCGGGGCGCACAAGGGGGAGUUCUGCCCCUCCACCAGCAAUGACCCGAGCUGUGUUUUGGGGCAGUGCCUGAAGACGCUUCGACGCCCCACGGCCGAGGAAUUCCAGCGCUUCCUGCCCUGGUUCCUGCAGGACCGGCCCACCCUGCAGUGUGCCAAGGGGGGCCUGGGCGCCUACGACACUGCGGUGAGCAUGGACGAGAACGGCACCAUCCUGGCCACCCGGUUCAUGGCGUACCAGCGCCCGCUGCGCACCUCGCAGGAGUACACGGCGGCUCUGCGGGCAGCCCGUGCCCUGGGGGACACCCUGACCCGCACCCUGCACAGGGUGCCCGACACAGACCCCCAAUUCAGCGUGUUCCCCUACACGGUGACAUACGUGUACUACGAGCAGUACCUGACGGUGGUGACCGAGGGGCUGGUGACACUGGCAUUGUGCCUGUUGCCCACCUUCGCCGUGUCCUUCCUGCUGCUGGGCAUGGACCUGCGCUCCAGCUGUGCCACCCUGGUCACCAUCACCAUGAUCCUGCUGGACACCGUGGGGGCCAUGGCCCUCUGGGACGUGCCCUACAACGCCGUCGCCCUCAUCAACCUCGUCGCGGCCGUGGGCAUCUCGGUGGAGUUCGUGUCCCACAUCACAUGCGCCUUCACCCGCAGUGCCCAGCCCACCAGGGUGGCACGAGCCGCCGAGGCCACCAUCACCAUGGGCAGCAAGGUGGUGGCCGGGGUGGCCAUGACCAACCUGCCCGGGGUGGUGGUCCUGGCCUUCGCCAAGGCCCAGCUCAUCCAGGUCUUCUUCUUCCGCCUCAACCUCAUCAUCACCCUCGUGGGGUUGGCACAUGGGCUGGUCUUCCUGCCCGUGCUCCUCAGCUACAUCGGGCCCAGCCCGCAGGUGCCCGCAGGGGACACGCCGGGGGACACGCAGGGUGCAGGCACCACCUACUUCAAGGACACAGACACGGACAAGCCCGGGAAGGGCUGAGCCCCCCUGGCCCCUCUCACUCCCCUCUUGCCCCCACUGCUGCCGCUGUUCUAUUUAAACUGGUUUUCUCAGA